ACGGAGUCGUCGAAAUUACGGCACGCCUGACGUCAUUUGCAAGGGCACUAAAACGGCGUCGUCGUACGAAUUCCCAACUCCCAAAAAUUCCAAAAUUCAAAAACCUAUAAAUAGGCGACCCUAUCAGUAGCAGUAAUCAUCUUUUCCCUGCAGCAAAGCCCUCAAGAAAUUCGCUCUCCGCACACUGCGUUCUGUGAAAGGAAAGGUCUGCUUUUGUAAAUGGGGAAAAGAAAGUCAAGGGCUAAGCCACCCCCGAAGAAGCGAAUGGACAAGCUUGAUACAGUGUUUAGCUGCCCCUUCUGCAGCCAUGGAACCAGUGUCGAAUGUCGCAUUGACAUGAAGAAUUUGAUUGGGGAAGCAGUAUGCAGAAUCUGCCAAGAGAGCUUUAGUACAACUGUCACAGCCUUGACUGAGCCUAUAGACAUAUAUAGCGAAUGGAUUGACGAAUGUGAACGGGUCAACAACCUUGAAGACGAGGGUGCCCAAGAGGCAGACUAGAUUUUCAAUUGAUUAAUGAUCUAUGUUCUCCUUCUUGAGAGUAGUAGCCAGACAGUUUGUAGCCUUCCUAGUUUAGGCAUAUCCUUCCUGUAAUUCCAUCAUGUAGUUGGUAAAGUGGUUGUAGUUAUUGUGCCUAUGCUAGACUGGAUUCGCGUGCACAUUCUGUUUUCCUACUAUACGAGGCAUAACAAGGCAUAACGUGUGGGUUGUAAUCGACUGUUUAGUCCUUUUAUGGUAUUGUAUUUGGAUGUAAGACUAAACCAGAGUAUGCUUUUGCAGCAUGUAUUUCAAGCCGAUUCUUGUUUC